GCAUCUCAACAACAAUAGGAUCGUUUCCACGGGAACGAACUGCUUCCACGGACUCCACAGUUUGGAGACGCUGGAUCUGAACUACAACAGUCUGGUCGAGUUUCCAACGGCGAUCCGUUCGCUCGGUCACCUGAAGGAGCUUGGUUUUCACAGUAACAACAUCCAGUCGAUCCCGGAGCAAGCCUUCAUCGGGAACCCCUCUCUGAUCACCAUAUUUUUCUAUGACAACCCGAUCCAGUCUGUCGGACGGUCUGCUUUUCAGGAUCUGCCUGAGCUGCGAACACUCUCUCUGAACGGAGCCGCAGAUCUCACCGAGUUCCCAGAUCUGACGGGAACCAAGAGCCUGGAGAGCCUGACUAUCACUGGUGCUCGGAUCACGUCUCUUCCCGGUUCAGUUUGUGAACAACUUCCAAACCUUCAGCUGCUUGAUCUCUCCUAUAAUCAGAUCCAGAGUCUGCCGAGCUUCUCCGGCUGUGAGAGCGUUCAGAAGAUUGAUUUGCACCAUAACGAGAUUGAGGAGCUGGAGGAGAACACCUUCCACGGUCUGAUGUCACUGCGCUCGCUAGAUUUGUCGUGGAACAGAUUAUCGUCGGUGAAGCGGAACUCUUUCUCUGCUCUGCCGGCGCUCAACAAGCUGGACCUGUCGUCCAAUCAGCUGUCGGCUCUGCCUCUGAUUGGUCUGCAGAGUUUGACUCACCUCCGAUUGGCUGGAAACUCAGAGCUGAUGGAGCUGAUCCAACGAGAGGAGCUGCCCCGAGUCAGGGUGAUGGAGCUUCCUUACGCCUUCCAGUGCUGUGCCUUCGUCUCCUGUGAGAGAAGAGGUGCAUCAUGGGAGAAAGAGGAGGCGGUGGACUCUACAGGGAAAGAAACCUCCAGCCAAAUGGAUCAGGACUGGGAGGAUCUCCUGAUGGAGUUUGAAGACGAACCUAAACUUCAACACACAGUUCACUGCAGCCCUGCACCUGGUCCGUUCCGCCCCUGCCUCCACCUUCUGGGCAGCUGGUUGGUCCGUUUGGGGGUGUGGCUGAUCGCUGCGCUCUCAUUGGUUAGCAACAGCCUGGUCGUCCUGUCCAUCUUCUUCUCCCCCGUUGCCUCGGUAACCCCCCCCAAGCUGCUGAUUGGUCUGCUGGCUCUGGUGAACGGCCUGAUGGGAGUUUGGAGCGGCUGGCUGGCGGCCGUCGACGCCUGGACCUUCGGAAACUUCUGGAGGUACGGAGCGCGCUGGGAGAGCAGCUUCCUGUGUCGCCUCAGUGGUUUCCUGUGUGUGUUCGCCUCUCAGACCGGACUCUUCCUGCUCACUGUCGCAGCUCUGGAGCGCUGCACGGCCGCCUCAUCCCGAAACAAACCUGACGGACACAACGGUCGCUUUUCGCCACCGCUCACCCUCCGUCUCUCCAUCUGUUCCUGCUUCCUGUUUGGACUCUUCGUCACUCUCCCCCCCCUGGUGGUCGGUCACAGUACUUCCUCUCUCUGCCUUCCUCUUCCCUCCUCUUCCUCCUCUUCCUCCUUUUCCUCCCUGGUGUUCUCCGUCUCCCUGGUGCUCCUGGACUCGUUGUGUUUCCUCCUCAUGACGCUCGCUUACACUCGUCUCUACUGCCGCCCGGAGAAAACUCCACAAACCACCACCACCACCACAGAAGAAGAAGAAAAAGAAGAAGAAGAAGAAGAAAAAGAAGAAGAAGAAGAAGAAGAAGAAGAAGAAGAAGAAGAAGAAGAAGAAGAAGAAGAAGAAGAAGAAGAAGAAGAAGAAGAAGAAGAAGCAUCGUUUACUCGACAUGUCGCAUGGCUGCUUUUUUCGGACUGCCUCCUCUUCCUCCCUGUCGCCUUCCUCUCGUUUUCCUCGUUGCUCCGUCUUCCCGUUGCCAAUCCAGAAGCGGUGAAAGCGUUGAUUCUUCUCGUGGCGCCGCUUCCUUCCUGCGUAAACCCGCUUCUUUUCCUCCUCUUCAACGUGGCGGCGAGACACGACUUGGCCGCACUGCUGAGACUCUGCAGAGGAAGAGGAGGAAGGAGGAGGACGGUGGCCAUGUUGGAUUCCACGUACAACGACAACGAUGAAGACGCGGAGAAACAGUCGUGCGACUCGACGCAGGCGCUGGUGGCGGUCGGAGGAACGAGGGAGGAAGAGGAAGAGGAAGAGGAGGAAACAGGAAGGAGUGAAAAGCGUUCAGAGGCGUUUGUUAUUCCGCUUCAAUAGACUGAAUGAAACACAGUUAAAGAAGCGAUCUUAGAUCCUUCUGGGUCAUCGAGAAGGCUUCUAACCGUUCGACUACAGCCAAAGACUUCCUAUUGGACAACACACACACACACACACACACACACACACACCAAUACACUGCAGACCAACAGGACCGUGUUGUAGCAAAUGUAGCAGAGAACCAGUAAAGCGAAAAAAUACAAUUUAACCUUUAAAAAAAUGAAUGAUACUUUAAAAAUAAUCCUAUUUCUUCAAGCCAGAACACACACACACACACACACACACACACACACACACACACACACACACACACACAUGUUCACAAACAAACAUACUUAAUGAGCAGCCAGCAGCUUAUAUUUUGAAAUUUGACACCAUUUACAGCAUUGUGUUACCAAAUGUUCUACCAAAUGCUGUCGAGUGUGUGUGUGUGUGUGUGUGUGUGUGUGUGUGUGUGUGUGUGUGUGUGUGUGUGUGUGUGUGUGUGUGUGUGUGUGUGUGUGUGUGUGUGUGUGUGUGUGUGUGUGUGAGUGUGUGUGUGUGUGUGUGGGUCAGUCUACAGCUAAUGUGUUUUUGUGAGUGUGUGUGAAAACUGCAGCGUCUGUGUGAGUUUCGUCAGAGUUGACCCCCCCACAAACCGUAAACUGAACAACAGGAAUCAGCUCAUGUUCAGCAAAAGAAAAAACUCUACUGGUUCCUCAAAAUAUAUAUUUUCUGUAAUUAUUUAUAACGUUAAAACUUCGAGGACAAUAUCUCAUUAAAAUACCGAAACAAGCAAUUCAUUGUUCAUUAUUAUACACGCGUACCUCCUGUCCUGCCACAGUCUGAUAUCGCUAAUUAUUGGAACGUGUAAAGCGUCAAAUGUCCUGAAAAAUAAUGAUUCAUAUCUGCAACAUUUUUGUAAAUUGAUGUUAGUUUUUUUUUAAUGUUUACCGAUAUACGAAUAUUGUCCGAUAAAUGUGAGAAAAACUAAAAAUGUACGUAUAAAAUUAUAUUAACCCAAAGUAUUUUACUAAAGCUAACCAAGUAGUUUUGUUUGAAUUCACAACGCUAACACGUUUUUAUACUUGUCUGUAUGUUGUGAUUUCGUAUCGUAACUUAAUUUACGUAACACAAAUAUCUAUAUUAACCCAACCCGCAAUCCUUUAAUAAAGCUAACCAACUAAUUAGGUUUUAAUUCACAAUGUUAACCACGCAUUUAAAACUGUAUCUGUGCUUUUAUGAUGAGUUUUAAAAAGUUUAAAAAUCGUCAAAAUAAGCUAAGAAUGUCGUGUUUUAGUGUUGAUAGGUAAAAAAACGAUCCAAGUCAUUUCGUCCCCCGUAGUAAUUCGGUAAAAUACAUAUCUGUUAGCGCUACAGCUGAAAUUAUACUUAAAAUGUAUACUUGUGUCGGUAUUGACCAUCCAUGCAGCUAAACACACUGUGAUGCACAGUUUUGAUGUUUGAUGACCAAAAAGAUUUAGUAAAUACCAGGAUUUUUGUAUGUUUAGUUGCACAAAAACGUUCACUGGAUGAAAAAAGAUCCUUUAUAAAUGUGUGUGUGUGUGUGUGUGUGUGUGUGUGUGUGUGUGUGUGUGUGUGUGUGUGUGUGUGGUCUAGCAUUACUAUACUU